AUGUCUUCGCAUCCCACCCUCACCAGCACAUAUGGCGCGCGCGCCGGACUUCCCACCACCGGCCCCCUGGCUUCAUAUCUGCUGCGACUGAUGUCAGUCAAGCAGACAAAUCUUUGUCUUUCUGCAGACGUCGCGACCUCCGCCGAACUGAUCCAGCUCGCCGAAGACGUCGGUGACACCAUUUGCCUGCUCAAGACGCACUGCGACAUUGUCAGCGACUGGACAGACCGGACUGCCACAGCGCUGAGGGACAUUGCGAAGAGGAAAUCCUUCCUCAUCUUUGAGGACCGCAAGUUCGCCGACAUCGGCGAAACCGUGCAGAAGCAGUAUACCUCAGGCCACCACCGCAUUGCACUGUGGGCAGAAAUCACCAACGCCCACGUCAUCUCCGGCCCUGCCAUCGUUACCGCCCUCGAGAAAGCCGCCGAGUCGACCAUUGCAAAGUACAACACUGGCGUGCACACCGAGAUCACUGCCGCUUCCAAAAUCAAGCUCAACGGAGCCAGCGAGGACGGUGAUGAGGAUGAAGAUGAAGAUGACGAGGUCCCACCUAUGGACGGUGCUCUGGAGUCGCCUAUGCUGAUGGACGACGGGGAGAGGCGGCUCAGCAUCAAGCCCACGGACAGGAAGCAGAGUGUUGUCAGCGUCAGCACCACCAUCUCCACACGCACUGAAAGCAUUUCACCGAGGCCAGAGGCGCUGAAUGCAUGUGGCGAAGCCUUCGAUCUUGACACAGUCAAACAGCUCGUGCGUCUGGGCGAGCCCCCCUUCCUGCGCUCCCUCCUCCUGCUCGCCGAGAUGAGCUCCGUCGGACAUCUCAUGACCCCAGAGUACCGCCAAGCUAGUGUCGACAUUGCACGCUCUCAUCGCGAAUUCGUCAUGGGCUUUAUUGCACAGCGCAGCUUGAACACCGAACCAGACGAUAACUUCAUCACCAUGACACCUGGGUGUCAGCUGCCGCCGCCCGGUCAGGAAGGCGCGAAGCUUGGAGACAGCCUCGGCCAGCAGUACAACACUCCACGGAAGCUGAUCUUCGAGUCGGGUUGCGACAUCAUCAUUGUCGGCCGCGGCAUCGUACGUGCUUCUGACCGCAAGGCCGAGGCGCAACGCUACAGGCAAGCAGGAUGGCAGGCGUACGAGGAGAGGACUGGGAAAGGCCAAUAG